UUUGAUUUCAGCAACAAGUCGGCUAGAGAACACGGUACUGCAAUGAUGAAAGAUCUUUUCAUUUUAGGGAUACUGUCUACCUUAUAUAGCAUGGCUGUGUGUAAUGAAAUGAUGGCUGACGAAAAAUUUGAAUUGCCUUGCCUGAUUGAGGCGAAUUUGACCGAAGCGGAUUUUAAAAAGUUCCGUUCGAAUGGCCUAAAAGCUAAUGAAGCCAAUGCGAACAUAAAAUGUAUGGCGAAAUGCCUGAUGGAGAAGCGGGAAGUCCUUAAGAAAGGUGUUUUCGAUCCCGAGAAAGUCUAUGCGGAUCUCAUACGACUGCCAGAGCUAAAGGGACUAGAGGACCAAAUCAAAGAAGCAAUAAAUAUUUGCAAAACUGAGAAGGGCGCCAAUGAUUGUGAUACAGCGUUCAAGAUCACCAUGUGCCUUCGAGAAUUUAAAUCGCGUAAUAUAUAAUUUUAAUGAAAUAUUUCCAUUGCGAAGAAGGA